UCAUAUUUGUAGAGAUAAAAUAAAGGAAAACAACAAGCUGAAAUUCCAGAGAGUACAUUUUGCUCAGCUAGCAGCAACCAGUACAAAUAUCUCAAAUAUCAGAUCUGUUGCUAGCAAGACUGGAUGUUUUGAAUCUCAUAUAACCUCACUGUGGUAACACUCAAAGUCCUUCAGAAGAAACCAGCUUGGUCCUGGCAUGAUGUGGCUGUCUGCCUCCAAUCAGCAUUUCAGAGAGCUGCUUUUUGUUUGCCUUAAGCUGCCUAACCAGUUUUCUUGCAAGCCUAAUGGAUGAACUUUUACUUCCCGUUUCCUUAGCAGAGAUGAAGUAUCAGAGCUUUUUCUGUUGUUUACCUCCAGAGCAGACGGUGCUCGUUCUUCUCGUUCCGUGCAGAGCGGCUGAGAGCCAGGUACCGUGUCUGCAGGGAAUCUAGUCAUGCUAAGGCACGGCCUGUUUCUCCUCACUUUUGGACUGUCUUUAACUGGAAGCUCUUGUUGGAUGAAAGGUGCAUAUUCUGAAGAGGCAUCCAGACUUUCCGCAUUCGAAAUCAUUAUUCCUCAAAGGUUGACAGGCAGAGAGAAACAUCACCCAUUUCUUCAUGAGGAGCAUUCAGAUGACAAUCUUUCUUACUCCAUUAAAACCAGAAAUGGAACAUACCUCCUAACACUGAAGAAAAAUAAGUAUGUUACAGAGUGCUCUAGGAUAUCAUUCCAUGUUUGAAUGUGGUUGCAUGCAGCCAAGUAUUGUUACACAGAAGAAAUCACUUUGAGGGCAGGCUGCCAUAAUUACAGAAUAUGUUCUAUAGUGUCUCUGUUAUGGUGCUGCCUCACAAGCACAAGAGACCUUGUUAGCAAAGACUUUAUGCUAUAUACCUAUGGGAAAAAUGGGAAACUGGAGGCAACACAAUCAAAAAACAAGACACACUGUUAUUACCAUGGUGCUGUGGAAGGAAUGGCUGACUCGGUGCUUGCUCUUAGCACGUGCGAUGGCCUGAGAGGAAUUAUCUACAUUGCUGGCAAAUGGUAUGGAAUGGAGCCACUCAACACAUCCAGAACGUUUGAACACAGGUUUUACCAGUUAGAAGACAUGCAGCAUAUUCCUUUCCACUGUGGUGUGCUGAAUGACAGCCUUCAUCAUGAGAUGCAGAUGUUUGCGAAGCAGUCUGUGAAAUAUGCAUUUUCACUAAACAGUACCUCUAGUAGGGAAGAGCUUUUGAGGAAGAAGCGAGCUGUCCUGCCACAGAAAAGCUAUGUGGAAUUAUUUGUGGUUGUGGAUAAUCACAGGUUUUUGCAGAAGAGCUCUGAUCCUGCUGCAGUGCAAAAGGAAACCGUUGAGCUGAUUAAUUAUGUUGAUGGGAUGUACAGUGCAUUGAAUAUCCAGAUUGUUUUGGUUGGAUUAGAGAUCUGGACAGAUAAAAACCAAAUCUCUGUAAUGGAGGGUUCAGCUGGAGAUGUACUGAGUAGAUUUGUUUCUUGGAGACAGAAAGAUCUUCUUAAGAGAUCCAGAAAUGAUGUCAGCCAUCUCAUAAUAGGGAGAGACUCUUACGGCGGAUCCAUCGGAAUGGCUUUUGUGGGUACUGUCUGCUCACAGGUGCAGGGAGGGUCGAUCAGCACUUUGAAUCAUAACAAUGUGUUACGUCAUGCUACAGUAGUUGCACAUGAACUGGGACAUAACCUUGGAAUGAAACAUGAUGAUAACAGGUGUCCUGCAUCCUACAUUAUGUACAGCACAGAUAAGGGAUCCAGGAAUUUCAGUUCCUGCAGUGCUGAUGAUUUUGAGAAUCUUGUUCUAAAUGGAGGAGGAAACUGCCUCAGAAAUCCACCCAAAACAAGUAAUGUUUACAAAGAACCUGUCUGUGGUAACAACGUGAUUGAUAACAAUGAAGAAUGUGACUGUGGAAAGCCACAGGAAUGCACCAACCCUUGCUGCAAUGCUGCCACUUGCAAACUGACGUCUGGAUCACAGUGUGCACAGGGACUGUGCUGCAAAAACUGCAAGUUUAAAGCAGCAGGAACAGAAUGCAGAUCAAAAAUGGAUUUCUGUGAUCUCCCUGAAUACUGCAAUGGAAGCUAUGCCUACUGUCCAGACGAUGUUUACAUCAUGAAUGGUUACCCAUGCAACAACAUGGAAGCAUAUUGCUACUACGGAGUGUGUCAGAGCUUUGAUUCGCAGUGUGAAGCUAUAUAUGGAAAAGGGGCACGAAAAGCACCUGAUCUGUGCUUUAAAAAAGCCAAUAUUAAAGGAGAUAGAUUUGGAAACUGCGGAAUGACAGGUGGAGUGUACAAGAAGUGUUCUGUUCAGCACAGUCUGUGUGGCAAGCUCCAGUGCACUUCUGUUAGCCUUCAGAAUCUUCCUGCGUGGAGUGUUGUCAAUAAUGCCUCUGGGGUUUUAUGCUGGUCCUCUGAUUUUGACUUAGGAUCAGAUAUCCCUGAUCCUGCUCAAGUUCAUGAUGGAACAGCAUGUGGAGAAAAGAAGGCCUGUGUAGCUUUUGAGUGUGUGGAUGCAAGUCAUCUGGGCUACAGCUGUGAUGUAAAGCAGAAGUGUAAUGGCAAUGGGGUGUGCAACAACAAUGGCAACUGCCACUGCAAUUCUGGAUGGGCGCCUCCAUUCUGUAACCAGUCAGGCUACGGUGGCAGCACUGACAGUGGUCCAGCUCACAUGGACUCAUCACUUCGGGACGGCCUGCUUAUUUUUUUCUUCGUUGUGCUGCCAGUACUGAUUGUGACUGUAAUAGCAGUAAUUAAGCGUGGCGCAAUAAAGAGGAAGUUUUGCAGGAAAAGUAGAAGACAUCACAGGGAUAACAAUGCACAGCAACCAAAGCAAAGCAACAGACCAACCCAUACCACAAGAAAUGAUCAGCCCACCACAGCAAGCCCUGAUAUUUUCACCAUAUCGCAUUUUCCCGGUCCGAGGCAGGCAGGACAAACGCGGUUUCCCGUGGUUCCUUCAGGACCUCAUCGCCCUGCUGUCCCAUCACCCCGACCCGCUGUGUGAGGAACUCCCUGGGCCACAACUGCUGCGAGGAACUGAUAAGGAGAAGCACGAGGGCUGGCAUCUCGCAGCCCUCCACGUGUGCAUCCUUCCAGCAGCUCGUACCACUGGGAAAG